AUGUCAUUUUCCUUCUUCAUUCUUGUAGGUAAAUAAAACAUUAAAACGUCUAUUAUAAACAAAGAGAGUAAUCGCUAAUACUUGUAUGUAAAAAUAAAUAUCUUGCACGUAUUAUAAUUUUUAUAUCUAUCGGUAUUGGUAGUGUAAGAGAAACAGUAUGUUGAAGUUUGAAAUAGUUUCCUCGCGAACUGUAGAGGGUGACGAGAAGAAAUUUGUUGCAUACAUGUUGCAAGCAAGGCGAGACAACAAAGAAUCCAAAGUUUAUGAGUUAUACGAUCCAGAUCCAGCAAAUGUAGAACGUAGAUACACCCAUUUUUUGGAUCUUUAUAAUGGAUUGAAGAAAGAAUGUCCAGUUUUGUUAAACAAUGUAUCAUUUCCUAGAAAGAUGAUGGUUGGGAAUUUUGACCCCAACUUAAUAUCAACUCGAUGUGCAGCUUUUGAAAUAUUGCUAGACUUAAUAUCUAAUGAGUCCAGACUGAGGGACUCCCCGGCAGCCAUUUCUUUUUUUCAAGAUAUUGAAUUAAUUGAAGCAAAACGAUUAAUGAAUGAGGAAAAAUUUGACCAAGCACUGUCAGUGCUGGAAACAAGUUUCAAAUUAUUGAAUAAGGUAUAUACAGAUAGGUCACGUGUAGUAUUGAGUGCGCUUUGUCGCAUUGUCGCCUGCGCGGGGGCCAGUGGCGGAGCCCUAGCAGGUCCAGUGGAGCGGUGGGCACAACUUGCUCUGCGACGCUAUGAAGCAGUCAGUGAUUCUGAUUUGCUUCUCAUAUAUAUUCCUUUACUGCAUACUUGUAUCUCUAUAUGGGAAACACUUGGCAGAGAUAAAUCAAAGUUGGUGGAUGAACUGAAUGAUCUCCGCAAGCGAGGUAUGAAAGUGGACUCGGUGCCCAGCCUGAUGGAAGCAGUGGACAAUUUAAACACAGCUGUAUAACAAUGAUUAGUAAAUUUAAAACCAGUCAAGUGCUUUAAUUUGCUUGCUUAACACUGACUAAUGAAGACUAAAGAUUAAGAUAUUUAAUUGUAAGGAAAAAUCUUUUUCACAAUUUGAUAAUGACUAGUAUGAUCUGUAGUCAAAAUUCAUCUAAAAUCAUGCCUAUUUGCUUUAUCUAUGAUCCAUUUUGAUGCUAUAAAAUUCUCAUUCUUUAUCAUUUAUAACAAAUACUAAACAUAUGAUAAUUUUUUGUGUUUAUUAUGACAGAUAUUAGUAGCUUGUAUGUUUUCUUUAAUAUUAUUUAAGGUAUAAAACAACUGCUUCUGUUCAACUAUUCAAAUGCUUGAACCAUAAAGCAUUAAUUAUAAGACUUGGACAUUGUAAUCUCAUAUUUUAGUUGUUUAGCAGUAACUAAAUUAUUAUAAACAUUAAUAUAUUUUCGAUGUUUAUCUUACAUUAUACAUUAUUAUAUGUGGUUUUAUACAUCCACAUUUAUGUUAUUAUAAUAGAAAGAUGGAAGACAUUAUUGUGAUAUAGUUUCUUUAGUUGACAUUUAUAGCUAUUAUUAGGAUUAAUCCAUUAUACUUUAAAAUUACUUUAUUUAUUAUAUAUACAUAUUAUACUUUGUUACGAUGUCACAAAACAAAAAAGAAAUUGAAUCAGCGCCUUUAAGAUUUUGAAUAUUUUACUGAUUUAGGUGUUAUUUUGCGGAAGUCCAUAUCACCGGUUAGUCGAUUAGAAUUAUUUUGUUUAAAUCUACUAUAAUUUAAGCAUGCGAUUGCCUACAUUUAAUGGUUGACAGCUAUUAUUAUUAGUAGAAGUUCUACGACCUUCAAUAUUAGUCAUCAAUCUCUGACCUUUAUUCAGUCCACGCACAUGUUGCGACACGUGUUUCAUCUCUAAACGAAGCAUUUUCAGGUAAAUUAAUAGAUCGCUACUUGGAGCCUAGUGUUGACCCUGAACGAUCAGUGAUUGAAGACUAGUGAAAGUCAUAGAACUUCUAUUUAUAAUAAUAGUAAUCGAUCUUUAAAUGUUGGCACCCACAUAAAUCAGCUAACUAGUUCAAGACGGGCCAAUUUUUGAUUAUUUGUAGUUUAUAAAAUUUAGAUUGCAUUCUAAAUUACGACGUUCAUUAAUCUCCUUCUUAAUCUUGCAAGUUAAAUGGACAUUAAAUCUGCCAACUGCAUAAUUGAUUUGCGAUUCUAGGAAGAUUAUAUAUAUAUAUAUAUAUAUAUAUAUAUAUAUAUAUAUAUAUAUAUAUAUAUAUAUAUAUAUAUAUAUAUAUAUAUAUAUAUAUAUAUAAGAGAUAAUCAUAUCACUGAAAGAGUAGGUAACUUGUCAAUUUCAUAGUGAGAGAAUAAUAUUUAUUACAACUGUUACUCCAUUCUGAAUAAUUCUUGUAUGGCUACUUGUAGUAUAUGAUUCAAAGAUCCUAAAUAUUAGGUUGUAAUUUUUUAUCCUCCUGAUAGUUCGAUUUUACAGGAUGCAAACUAGCAAAUCUCAGCCAUCUGCAUUAUGUAUGUUCACCAAGGAAGCUAUAUUAUCAGUUAAAAUUUUUCCUCAAACAUUUUUUCAAACAUCAUUACGUCUAUUGACUAACUAAAUCACUAUUGACUAACUAAAUUACUAUUGACUAAGUAAAUUACUAAUGGCUCGAUUUGUCAGGAGAUUAAAAUUUUCAAUCUUAAUAGAAAUUUACAUUGGGUCAAUUACUGACUUCAAACCAGACAGGAUAGUGUUGAUUUUAAAGAUUAUGACAGCACUGACUCCAAGGUUCUCUUUGGAUGUAUUUAGUGUUAGUCUGGUAACAGUAGUAGUAGUUUUGAUGCCGAUACUAACGUCUGCAACUAACCCAAUCUAAAUUUGCCUUAAUCUGAGAUCCUUUUUUUGUAAAUGGUGUAGUUUUUCUAGUCCCUUUUUUGAUAUUGUUUUUUUUUUUUUUUUAAUAUUUUAAUCAAAUUUGAUAAGACUAUUUUAAAUCCAUCUAAUUAUAAAAGAAAGUAAUGAUGUAUAAAUAUUGGCUAAAAUGUAUUGAUUCUACUUUUUAUUAUUUAUAACUAAUCAAUUAAUAUAAGUUAUUUUAUAAUAAUAUCGUUUUCAAGUUUACGGGUGUCUUAUUUUGUUAUAAUUUUUGUGUAAAAUAGAAUAUUUAAGCAUUAUUAAAUAACUUGUUUGAACGAGACGUCGAGCUUGCUUGUAAUGCCACUAUUAGUUUUUUUUUUGGAGGCAUAUUAUACUAUCAAAUAAGAUAGAGGAUUAUUAGAAACUAUUGACACACCUUUAACAGUAAACAUUUUUACAGUGUUUUCGCUAAACAUUCAUGAAGUAUUAUAUAUUACUUAGACAUGAUUAUUGAGGGUUUAUACCAAAUUAUUACAUGGUAUGCUACAUUUAUAGACUAUGAUUAAUGUCUGGACAACUGUUUCCACUAAAAUCCAUUGUGUUGAAAACACAAUAUGUAUUGCGACGUGCAUUUUAGUUGUAAAAACUUACUACAUAAAGUUAAAAUACCUUGUAUACCAUACAAGGUACUGUAAUUUUGUUUAUAAAUAUUGUAUUUAUCACAAUUUUUUAAAGAUAUCUUCAUGACUAUCAUCACAACUAGACAGGUUGUGAUGAUCGUUCGCUGUUGAACAUAGUUCUCCCUCGUAUUCUACUGUAAAGUACGAACCUGCGAUACUUGCAACCAGCGACUCCCUGCAAUACUUUUGAUAUCGCCAGUACUUUUAUAAGUAUGUUAUGCCUUAUACUUAUAAUUUAUACAGUAUAUACUUGAAGUGUAAGAAUUUUUAGCGCACUUAUUAUAUGACUACACUGACAAGUAAUGAUGUUUCCUUUUUAGUUCAUAACACAUAUUAUGUUCAGGAAUAUAAGUACUAAACAGUUUUAAAACAAUCUAAUACCUAAUAAACUUGAUAGAAUUAUUAGAUAUUUAGGUUACCUACUGUGUAAACGUGUGCAAUAUUUUAUAAUGGGCAAUUAUUUUAAUUGUAUUAUUCUCAGUUAACAUCUCUAUAAUACUUUAUAUCUUAGAAUAAUAUUCUAGAUAAGUUUAUCAUUAUGUUAUUUUAUGUAGAUUCUGUCAUCCGUAUAAGAAUUGUUUUUAAUGAUAUUUGCAUGAUAUUGUGAUUUAUCAUAUUUGUAGGAAUGACUAAUCACAAGAGUUUAUCAAAUACACAUAUAACGCGGUCCUGAUAGAAAAGAGCAUAAGUUAGGCACAAAUUUAGUAAUGUUUGUUGUUUUUCUUUUUUAUUUGGGAUCAUUUGUGUUAUUUACUAAAUUAUAACAGUAGGUAAAUAUUCAAUUACAGUUGUUCAAUAUUGACUUUAUGUUGUUGUUUUGUUUCUAAAUUAAUAAGUCAGUAUUAUUUUGUAUGAGCUACAGUCGUACACAAUAAUUCAAUAAUUAUUUUAAUGAGUUAUUGCCUACAUAUGCGUAUUCAUAUGUAAUCACAGAUGAUGUUAAAAAAAUAUUAACUCCGAAGUAAUCAAGAACCAACGUCUUCUAUUUAUUUGUAGAAAAAACCGCCAUUCGCAUUGACUUUACAAAUUCAAUAUGCUUUUUCUUUUUAAGGGUACUCAAUAUUAUUAAUUUUGUUAUGUACUUUGGUAAUUUAAAUGGGUUUUAUAGGGUUAACUCGUUAUAUUAUGGAAAUACUUUUUUUUACAUUGCUAUGGUAGGCAGUUGGAAAAAAAUUACAUCAAAUAUCGUAAUGUUAUACUUGAAGGAUAUACGUUAAUAUCAGUUGAUGUUAGGUAUUGUAUACACUGCUAAAUAUAAAAUGAUUUCAUCCUUAACAUACAAAGGAAGGAGAAUAAAUGCAUUAUGUAUUUAAACGUUAUAACAUACAUACAUAUCUGUCACGCCUGUCUCCCAUUAGGGUAGGCAGAAACAAUGGAAUGCCAAAUGCUUCGAUUCAAACAAAUCUCUUUCGCUAACCAUAAAUAAUUCUGUUAAAUAAGGUCGUACUAAAAUUUGUACCUGUAAUGGUUGAAAAGCUAUUUGAGAAUUACCUUUACAACGGCGCUAUUUUGUAUAAAUAAUUAUCAUGCUGUCAUGUCAUUAGUAGUUUUGUAAGUCACAGCGUAAUGUUCUCUGUAGCAGUACUUCAAACCUCUUUAUAGCAUCGCCUACAAUUCAUACGAAUCUCUAAGCUACAUUAAUCAUUUUACAUAAAAAAAAUAUUUUGCUAUUUGUUAUAGACAGUAAAUAAAUCAAACAUAAGCUAGUCCUGAUGUGUCAGUUAAAUUUUAUCACCUAUAGGUAUGAAUCACAAAUCAUUAAUUGCAAUACAAUUCGCGUAAACAAGUAGUAAAUAAUUUCGUGUACUUUCAACUAGGUACGUUAUCUUCAUACCUAUGAGAAAGAAUGAGACACCAAUAUCCGGGCAUAACGCCCGUUACUUAUAAUUUAAAUUCAGUAAUCAAUUUUGUGAAUGUAAACAAUAAAGUUCAUUUCAUCUUAAUAAAAUUGCCCUCGCUAGACAAGUGGUAAACUGUCGAUAGAUACGUUUUCAUUAGUGCACAUAUUUGAAAGAACGACGCCAUACAUUGUUAUCGUUCUAUAUUAUAUAUGCGGCAGCGAUAACAUACCUAUCGGUAAAAUCCUAUGCGCGUUUUGUUGCCGAAACGAAAACGUAUUACACUCGUAGAAAUUGAACUACUUGUUACAGACACCGAUAUUUGUAUAAGUGAAUGAAAUAUAGGUACUUUCUAGUGUGCCAUCUAAGCGGACAUUCUAUAUCUAAUCCAAACAUAUUAACCAUAAGGUGACUGAUAUUUUAUACAUUUUGUAGUUGUAUAGAAAUAAAGCUUAUAUUUCAAAUG